AUGCGUACUUCGACUCUCAUUACCUCUUUGGCGGCUACUGCCUCGGCCUACGAUGCUUGGGUAAACGAGCCUGACACUGGCAUGGACACUUACCUCGCCAGCACCAACUGGACCCAAGGCAGUCGUCCUCUUCUCAAGGACAUCCGCGGUGUUCCCGACUUUGACUUUGCUGCUCGUCAGACCUUGACUGACCAGCAGUACGCCUUUUAUCGCACUGCCGCUGCGGGAGAGUGGGCGUACCGUAACAACCUCAAGGUUUGGGAAAAGGCCAGACUUCGACCUCACCAACUCGCCAGCGUCCGUGGUCUUAAUGAGACACUCGGAGUUACCAUUCUCGGCCACAACUUCAGCGCCCCCAUCUUUAUCUCUCCCGCUGCUCGUGCUGGUUAUGGUGACGAGGAACGUGGUGAGCUGAACUUUGUCGAUGCUGCCGCGGAUGAGGACAUUCUCUACGUCGCUGCUCUCUACGCUAGCAAGUCCAUUGAAGAGAUUGGUGCUCAGCGCAAGAAGCGCGGUAACACCAUCUUCCAGCAAAUUUAUUCCAAUGCCAACCUCUCUGUUACAUGGGAUGCCAUGAAGCGUGCUGAGGAGCAGGGCGUCAAGGCUUUUGUUUGGACUAUUGAUGCCCCUGCUACCUCUGUUCGUCAUCGCGCUGCGCGAUACGAUACCACCAAUGCGUAUCUAACACAGUUCAGUAACGGUGCUACCUCUGUCCUCAGCUGGGACCUUUUCGAUGAGAUCAAGGCCCACACCAAACUCCCCAUCAUCCUAAAGGGUAUUACCACCACCGAGGAUGCCCUCCGCGCUGUUGAGGCUGGAGCAGAUGGUAUCUGGCUCUCUAACCAUGGCGGUCGCCAAGUCGACUACUCCCCAUCUCCUCUUGAGAUCGCCUACGAAAUUCGUCGUAAUGCCCCUGAAAUCUUCACCAAGACUGAGGUCAUCGCCGACAGUGGCAUCCGCUAUGGUAGCGAUGUCAUCAAGCUGUUGGCUCUUGGUGUCAAGGCUGUUGGUCUUGGACGUCCUUUCAUGUACUCCAAUGUUUACGGCGUUGAAGGUCCCAAGAAGCUCAUCCAGAUCCUCAAGAGUGAAAUCCUUGCCGAUGCUGCUCAGAUCGGUAUCACCGAUCUUCACAACAUUCCUUCUAAGGUGCUCAACACUCGUGCACUGGAACGCGAUGUUUACCUGAUGGAUGAGAACUAA